ACGGCAGCAAAGUGGCUGGUCGGAAAAAAUCGUGUCGAGGCAAGAGGCGACAUAAAAACGUAACAACUGCUGAUUUCGAUAUUCCCAAUCAAGAACCGAUAACUAGCAAAAUGAAGCUGCCAUUUCUCAUCCUCUCUUUGGUCUUAAUCCAUUGGACUUGUACAAUCUAUGCUGAGGAAAAUGUCAACUCGAAGGAAGAUGUCACAAAUUCGGGCGAGGAGUAUACAUCGAACUAUCAAUAUGUACCGUUGGAAACGUCCCUCUCAAGGCACAAAAGAUCCAUACUAUCGCCCCUCAUGAACAUUUUGACGAAGGUGUUGGGAAAAAGUGUUGUUCUUAUGUUUAAACCUGCACUCGAUAUAUUCAGCUUCGCGUACGGCACACUGAUCGGGAAAAAUGAGUGUCCUCAGGUGGAGAAGUUAUCCCUCGAUUUAAUCCCAAAGAUUAUGGUGAAUCCGUUGGGUACGAUCAAAACUAUAAUAUGCUACGUCAUGGACAAGAUAGGCAGCACAGGCCGUGCAUUAAUGCUCAAAGCAAUUGAGGCAGGUAUAGAAUUCACAAAGAGAACACUUAUACCGGGACUGCAUACAACGCUGAUGACAUUGGACAAGAAAUUCGACUUACCCCCUUCGAUCUCUGCUAUGAUUAAGAUGUUUGACGGCACUUAUAAAAUUAUGAAACUUAUGGGAGUUGUCGGAUGAUGUAGUGCGAAGUUUAACCUCCAAUUUUUAAAAACAAACAUAGAAAACAAACAUAUGUAAAGUAGGAAUGUAUCAUUAAUAGACCGAUAUCUGCUCGACUACCUCGACGAUUCUGCGCUUAAAAAUAGGGCCGGAAGUAGAUUAGAUCGUCGUAACAUGAUUUUUUAAAAAUUCACGUAUAAGAAGUUAGAUACAAUGCUCUGGUUUUGGAAAUUAUUACGCCAAAUCAAUGUAAGCGAUACGAACUGUCCGAAUAGUGUAAAUCACUCAAGUAACACUCCUGUAGUCUACUUCGUCAUAUCGAAUUAUAGGGAUAACUGAUGAAUAAAUUAUAUAUAAGCGCGGCGUGCCAAAUACACUUAAUAUUCCUCUGAUAAAAUCUAAUGAAAAUAUGAAUUUGAAAGUUCUUUCACUCAACCAUGAUAUAUACCUGCGAUGAAAGUAAGCAAUAAAUUAAUCAACUGUCAAAAUA